AUUUAUCAACAUGGCGCACGGACGGACUUUGUUUCCGCGUUUGCCUUUUAAUAUAUUUUUAACUUUUUAGCAAUUUUAGGAUUUUAUUUGUGCGCCUUAUUAUGGCGCAUUUCAACAGAGAUGUAGAGGGGUUUACUGCAUCACGUGUGGUUAAGACGAUCGGCUCUGAAAACGUUGAUAAUUACACGGUAUAUAUCCUAGAAGUAUACUGUGGCAGCUAUUCAUGGACAGUAAGACACAGAUACAGUGAAUUUCAUGAGCUUCAUGAGAGGCUUGUGACUAAGUACAAAAUAGACAAGACUCUGCUCCCACCAAAGAAAGUGUUUGGUAAUCAGAAUGAGGAGUUUAUCAAGAAGAGGCAGGCAGACCUGGAGUUGUACCUACAGGUUCUAAUGCACUACCUGCCAAAACUUCCACCGGAGCUGGCUUUCUUCUUGGAUUUUGAUAAAUAUGAAAUUCAUGGUAUAACACAACUUUUAGCAGAGCAUCUCUUUGAAAAAGGAGAAAAAAUUCUCCAAUCUCAGCAAACCUUUGUGGUGUCUCCUCUUCAUUUAAAUGCUGUGACACAGAGGUUGAAACUGCCAGAACCCACCUGUGAUCAUAUUUUAAUCUAUACAGGAGAUAUGAGAAAAGAUUUAGGCCAUAUUUUAGAUUUUUUUACUAGAUUAAAAUAUCUAAAGAUAUUGGGCACUAAGGAGCCUUUAGGCACCAGCAAUAUUGAAGUCAAUCAGUUGUCCUUUGAAAUGAAUUGCUUCAAGUCACUUACAGUGCUAGAGCUUGACCAGUGUAACAUUGGAACUAUCUCUGUGGUGGACACAGUCAAAAAGACACUGAAACACCUUAUAGUCCACGGGUCUUUGCAAGCACUCAAGGACAUGCUGCUUCGUGACAUCGUGUACUGGCAGACGGAGGACACGGAGGAAACGGCUGUGUUACCAGUGUGGGAAUCACUGCAGGCAGCUGACUUCAGUCACAAUGAGAUCAAAGAAAUUGAUGAGUCUGUGAGACUUAUGCCUCGUCUUGAAUACCUAGAUCUGAGUCGCAAUCAACUCUCUGAUGUACAGCAUCUUCACUACCUUCCUGCACUUAGCCAGGUCAACUUGGCCCACAACAGACUCCGCACACUGGAGUCACUGCAUGUGCGACUCGGCAACGUGAAAAUACUUAAUCUGUCGGGCAAUCAACUGGAUACACUGGAAGGUCUGUCCAAGCUUUACUCUCUGGAAACAUUGAAUGUCAGCAAAAAUAAAUUAGCUGAGGUAGAAAAUGUGCAAUGUAUAGGCAAGCUUCCCUGCCUUGAGAAUCUCAUCCUCCGUGAUAACCCUAUCAGGACUGUGGUAGACUACAGAGUGGCUGUACUGGAGCUGUUUGGAGACAGAGCUAAAGAGGUUCUACUUGACAAAGAGGCAACAACACAACAAGAACUUGAUAAGAUAGCAGUAAGACUGGCCUUACAAAAAGCAAAAGAUGACAGGGCAAAGAGGCAGAGCACCUCUAGUACAGCAGACACAUCUUCUAUACCAAAUUAACGGUAGUUUCUCCAACAUAACAAUAGGUGGCGUGACUGCCUACUGCCAAGGUGGCAGACGGCCAAGACAAGAGUAUCAAAUGUUCAGUACAGAAGCAAAUGGCAGAUAUCACAUCUGUGGAGAUUGGAGAAGGGAGGAAAAUGGCAUCUUUUUGCAAGAGUUAAAAGGAUGCCAGAAUCAGCUACCUCUCAAUUACCAGCAUGGUAUUUGUGAUCAGCCUGUGUCCUGUCCUGGAAGGAGUGAUAGUUCACCAAUGCUGUAAAAUGAACAGAUACACCACUGGCCAGUAAAACUGCUGUACAACAGACUGAAGACUAAUGUUGAAGGGUCCUUGUAUUGAGGCCUAGCCUGGAGAAAAAUAUAUAUUGUAUGGCACCAACGCAAAAAAUAUGUGGCAUUUUUUUCCACAUAUGAAAGGAUGAAUAUCACCACUUUAAUGGCAACUGGGAUGUUUAUGACCAAAAAUUUGAGGAGCGAGGGGAUGUUUUGUCAUUACAAAAAAGGACAUAUGACAUGUCAUGUGAGAGUCAUGUGACAUAUCAUUUGAGCCAUGUGACAUUGAGUAAUAGUCACUUACUCUAUAGAUAUGUACAUGUAUGUAAUUAACUUUCUUAAACCCAUCAUUGGUGUGGGUAACUGCUAUUAUUUGGGCUCUCCUAUAGCAAUAUAGCAAUAUUUAGCCUUGUAUAAGUUACCGAGGCACAUACAGACAUGAUGCAAUACCAAGACUGGUUUAGGUCCAUAUUUUCCCACCAAAAAACGCCAACUGAUUAACACCACAUUUUUUGUGCAGGCUAGUUUGGGUCAGUUUUUGUUUCUGAAUGCAAAGGCAUCUGGCGUGUCUAAUAAGCCUCAAAAAUAACUAAAUGAAUGUACUCCUAUUCGUUUUAUUAACAGUAUGGUACUACAUUUUUUAUGCCGAAAAGCUGCAUGUGGCCAAAACAGUUACUUUAAGGAGGCAGAUAAAUACCUUUAUGACUGACUCCACUGACAUGGAGACUUUAAAGUCUACAUUCCAUUGGCAUUUGAGAUUGAACUAAAUCUGUAAUAGAUGUCUUUUCCUAAAAGGGGGAAAGUUUUAUUUUGUGUGCUUUAUGAAAACUGAUGUUCUGAAUUCACCAGUCCUCUGUGAUAGUUUACACAGUAUGUGAUAGGAUUAAUGUGAUGUAUUUGAUUGUUGUUGAAAUAGUUUUAUAAGCAGGAUUUAAGUUGAUCUCUCCAAAACCAUCGUCUUCUUUCCUCAAGAGCGCAUUCAGAACAGAUGGUCCACAGACUAAUUGAUCCGUCGACUAAAUAUGGCCGACCCCACCUUAAAGCAAGCCAUCUAGAUCUCUUGAUGGUCUCCAUGCCUCCACACAAGCCAUUACGGAUUAAAUCUCGGCUCUGAGGUUUAAUUGUUAGGCCCCUGCAGGGACGGAAAGAGACCAUCAGGGGAUUAGCGGCAUUGCUUUUAAGUGGGUCAGCCAUAUUAAGUCGACGGAUUAAUUAGUUCGCAGAUCAACUCAUCCUGAAUGCGCUCUUAGUGUAAGGAAUAAGAAUAUCUGGAUCUGUACACAAACGUGGUUAUGUAAAGAAUUUAGGGGUUUUAGUAACAGUCAAGCAAGAUGCUACAACGAUUUUAAAUACCUGAUAAUUUCUCUUUUAGAUAAAUGUUAGUGAUUAGGCAGUUUUUAGCUGAAUAACUGUUUUUAGAUUGUGCAACUUGAUAAUAUGCAACAUUUUGAGUCUUGCAUGCCUUGUGAAGAUCGUUUCACUGUACGCUGUUAUCGCUUGAGGCAAAGCAUUUUCUACUCUUUUAUAAGAUAUUUUAUCAAUGUUUUUUGGCACACACUUCACUUUUCUUGAAGUAUUGUUUAGAAAUGUUACAGAGAAACAUACAUUCUCGUGGAACUUCAUGAAUUUGAAGAAAUUUUUGCACUGCAGAUUAAUAAGAAAAGAUUUAUCCCCAUGGUUUUACAAAGAACAUGGUAUUACUGCAGUCUUUUUGUUGAUUUUUAGAGCACGAUUAAUAAUCUUUUCAAAGGCUCUCAUAAAAUAAUACUGAUAAAUCCAGUGUUACACACUGAAGAGAAUGCAUUCUGAAAAGUCUUUGUACGAAAAAUUAUUGUUAUAAUAUUAUGUGAGAUUAGAAUAUAUGUCUUGUGAAGGGCUCUUUGUAAUUUGUAGUGAAAUGUAUCUUGUGCUUUUUGUCAAAUUUGAAGAGAGGGCAGGGCACCCAUUUAUCCACAAGAUUAAGCGCUCCACAUUGAAUGUUUUGAAACAAAAUAUUUUAUUCUUAGAAUAUAGAUUUAAAAUUACAUAAUGGUAGUGUCAUUGUAUGUGUCUGUCUUUCAACUAUUGUCUUUUAUUAUGUUUUUGGUAACAGCAUAAUCAGUGGAAGCGUAUGGUAUUAAAAAGUCAAAUGUUUAGAGACGUAUGUGGUAGAAAGCUGAGGCAACAUAUUUGUAUGUGUGUGGUUUGGGUGGGGGGUUAUUUGUGCUUGUUUGUCUGAGUCUGUAUCCUUAAAAUUUGCUGUCCAUGUGUUUAUUAUAAGAUAUAUAUUUUUUCCCCUUUAAGAUAAUGAGGUGUAGUUAUUUCAUGUCCACAAAUAUGUGAAUGUCCUAUUAACUUGAAAUGGAUAUUUUACGACAUAAGCAGUGAAUGACAAAAUGCUACAGGAAAUGGAUUUUUUUGUAAUUUGACAUUUCUCAAUGCUGUUAAGCUCCACUUAAUUUAUACGAAAUGCUGCAUCCAAGUCUGUUUUCCAAAUCAGUUUUUAAGAACAUGACAGUAAUUCAUCAUCAUCUCUCGUCAUUAAAAUUCAGUGUGGAAUUUUUGUAUGACAAACAAGGCAAAUAAUUGAUCACAGAACUUGUUGAUAAGGCAUUUUUACCCUAUGCCUCUUGUAAAAUAUGUACAAAAAAUGAUUAAAAAAAAAAUACACACACAUUUAAUGA